UGUUACCGGUCCAGGGGACCACUUGCCGCUACACUCCUUCGUGCACGGUCGGCUGCCUUAAUUCGUAGAACGCGAAUCUCGUCGCGCGUGAGUAAACGACGUCAAAUUCGAAACAUUCAAAAUGUCUCCGAGUUCUUUAACCCCUCAGCCGACCACACCAAAGUCAACAUUGAGCCGAGUGAUUUGAGAAAUUUGGAAAAUACGCACGAAUCCUUCUCAUCGCAUUUCUUUAAUUCCCGCGAUUUCACGUGUUCAAUUUCUUUCUUCGCGAGCUGUAUCUAUAUCUCUUACGAAACCAAACUUUAACCCUACUCUCGUUCUAGUGUUGAAUAAUUUGUGGUAAUUCGCGUAGAUUAUAUUGCCCACCCGAAAUUCUUUUUCCCGAAGGAUAUAAUUUCGCAAAACAUAGGUAUACCCAGGUGUACUCGGAGACGAAGAAUGCACGCCGAAAAAACGUCCGAUAUCGACAAAGAUUUUUCCAACGCACUGGCGUUGCUGCACUCAACUGCGGAGAACAGCGCCGAGAAGCUCCGUCGGAUGCUGGACGCUUGCAUCGAGAAAAAGCACGGUCGCGGCAAAACCCUGGCCGCCAGGAUGCCAAGGAGAUUUCUGCAGAGCAUCGAACUGCACGACGACGCGACUCCUGCGACACGCACCUCGAGAAGAUGCGAAUACGCGCAGGGACGCACGACGAGACGCGAGAUGAAAAAAAUGGACAGUCCCGAGACUACUUCUCUCCUCAUAGGGGAGAACAUCGCGGAUCGUCGAGCAGCCGACGUAGAAGCAUUCGAGGAGCAUUGCAACGACGAGGAUGUUCCCAGGAUCUCGAUUCCCGACGAAGGAUUAACCGCCGACGGGAACGUGUGCAAGAUAUGCAACGGGGCGAAACUGGGAGCCCUGAUUUUGCUGGAGUGUCAAGAGUGCCAAGAGGCCUAUCAUCCGCUGUGUCAUCAGCCUCCGAUCGUUGACGUCGAUGUCUACGAUCCUAGAUUCGUAUGGCGAUGCAGACUGUGCAUUGAAAAGUCAGCGACCUCCUCGAAAGUUAAAACUACAGGGAGAGGUCCCGCAAACAAAGUACGACAAACUGACGGCGCGGUCAAGGAAACGGAGAACACACCGGGAACGAGGAUGCUCGGGAAAAGACGCGGUGUUUUUCUCGGCAGAAAUGGUAUGCAUCACAUACAAUCGUUGACGUAUAAUUUUUGUUUAAUUAAUCGGGGUAACCACUUGUCUCACGUAUUGCUUCUUCUUCGUUUCGCAACCAAGAUGUCGUAUGUUGUACCGGGCAUCGAUGAUCUACGCAUCAUUGUCGAUUGUGGAUCGAAGGUCGUUUGUAAAGCAAACAGCUGCGAUGCGACGGGAAACAUCGGCAUGCAGUUACGCGAUUCCCCGUUGUUCGUGAAAGAUAAAUACCCGACGAAUCUCUCGCAGAAGACUGGACUAUCGUUCUCCUCGACGCAAACGCGAAAAAGAGUCGGAUCCAAACUCUCCGUUCGAGCGCUAAUUAAAUGAGAGGCAAGCAGCAUACCAUUGAUAUCCACUCUUUCAUUUGUACAAGAUGACUGUAUCGUGCUGGCGUUAUUUACAGCAAAGGAAGAGUUUCGAGUGUGAUAGAACCUCUCGACAGAUAUGUCUUAUUAUUAUCGCCAAUUUGUGUGACGAGUUUUUAAAUAUGUUCUUUGGAACAUCAACCUUCCGAUGUGUAGGUAAAUUUUCAUUUGGCGGUAUUUUCAGAGAACGCAAAUGCAGUGUACCGAAUAAUUUCUUUUAUGCUUUUAAUUCUUAAAUUUUGCUUUCUUUUAUCUUUUUUCGGAUUACUCCGAGAGUGUGCUAAUAUAAUCUUAUAACAAAUUCAAGAAUUUCGACAAGUCGCGAUCAUAAAAGAGACUGCUGCCAAAAUAAUAUUUAGCAGCUACCUUUGCGGAAACAUUACUCUGCAACAGUAAUGUUUACAGAAUUAACAUUCAUUACAUAUUCUUUUUCUUGAACACAACUUUAAAAUUUCUUCUCGAACAAAAAAAAACAGCGCGAAAGGAAAACUUAGAUCUGUACUAAUAGUUGUUAUUUGAAACUUAUAUCAUGUGAGAUUCUCCGACUUUUAUUCAGAGUUAGAUCAAAGUUUUUCAAUUGAAUUACGACAUAUACAUCUGUAAUAGCGAUUCAACUGAAAUAUUCUUAUCUAACAUUGCAUUCAAAUCUGCGUAUCUCACUUGAGACGAAUUUCAAAGUAAUAACUAUUAAUACAACUCUUAGUCUUCGAAGUUUCUCGUUUCGUUAUAUUUUUAUCUUGCAACUUAUUUCCAUAAAUCACCGCUACAUUUCUAAAAAACUCUCUUACAUACUAUUAAUUUCUACUUAUAUAUAAGACAUUCAGUAUAUAACUCGCUUUUAACGUGUGACUGGCGUCUUCGAUAUCCAUUAACUAAAACACAUGCGAAUGCAUCAGAGAUCGCGCAUCUGAAUACAAGUUUUUAAAGAAAAUGAAAAGUUUCUUUGUGAAGAAAUUGACACAUAUUUGCACGAAUAAAUUACAGAAUCUAUUUGAAUGUUAAGAAUUUAGAAGAAACAGAGAGAGAUAAUUUGAAGUAAUUGAUUUCAGAUAAACUAUACAUAAUGAAAUAUUUGCAAAAUACAUAUUGACUUUAGAUUCACUCAAAGAGGGAUUUACAAGUGAGAGAGGAGAUGCUUGAAUCUUUGAUGCAGUUGUACAUGCAUUUGGAGAAUGCUAACGUAAACUAACGAUCGACCAGAGCAAAUGUUCCUUCGCAAUCCAGCCGUGUUUUCUAAUUUUCAUACCUCUUGAUGAAAAUGAGACAUUAUGCGGAAAGAAUUGUCAAUUAUUGCUACGAACGUUGUUAGAGAGCAGUGGUCGCACGGUGAUUGCUUGACGAAGCGUGAGAUAAAAGUGAUUCAUUAAAGA